GAAGCUUGAAGCGCGGGCGUCGCCUAUCUGCUCUUCGCCAUACUCGCAGAGUGCAGCGCAGCUCAAGCACUUACCGCUCACAGCCACCGAAAGCUAUCCCCAUCAUAAGACAUGGCUGAGGACAACGUGACUCCGGAGCAGCUCGCAGCCAUCGCGGCGGAAAACGAGGAGGGCGAGAAGGUCAACUACAAGGCUCCGGCGCAGAAGUCCCUCCAGGAGAUCACCGAGCUGGACAAGGAUGACGAGAGCCUGCGCAAGUACAAGGAGACCCUGCUGGGGCCCGGUGCUGCUGUCGUGGAUCCUAAGGCCCCCAACGUGGUGGUGACCCGCCUGACUCUGAUGUGCGAGACCGCCCCUGAACCCCUCACCCUGGACCUGACAGGUGACCUGGAGGCCUUCAAGAAACAGUCCUUCAUCCUGAAGGAGGGAGUGGAGUACAAAAUCAAGAUCAGCUUCAAGGUGAACAAGGAGAUCGUGUCCGGCCUCAAGUACGUCCAGGUGACCCAGAGGAAAGGCAUCAAAAUCGACAAGUCGGACUACAUGGUGGGCAGCUACGGCCCCCGUCCGGAUGAGUACGACUUCCUGACCCCCCUGGAGGAAGCGCCCAAGGGCAUGCUGGCCCGCGGCACCUACAACCUCAAGUCCCGCUUCACGGACGACGACCAGCACGACCACCUCUCCUGGGAGUGGAACCUGAACAUCAAGAAGGAGUGGAAGGACUAAGACCCCGGGAGGACGGAGAGAGGCCUUUCUGAGGGGGCGGGUGGUGCUGUGGUCCA